UUAAUACAUCUUUGAUUUGACUUUCAUAUGUUUGAAUUUGUCUCUGCACAAUCUCUCUCGGUGUCCCAAUUAUUAAGCCUUGAAUUGUAGGUCAUUGUUUUUUUCUUCGUUAACGUUAUCCAAUCAAAUUGUUAUUCCUUAAUUAAUUGCUAUUUCAAAAUAAAUGGCUCCAAUUUUUUUUAGGUCUAGCAAUGGCUGCCAAUGCCACCACUCGUCCUCAUCCUGCCUAUGUGGUUUCUAAAAGCUUGCGUCUUUACUUCAAACAUCCAAUCUUUGUUUCUUCGUUUCACCUUUUUCUUUCCAUGUCAUUCCGUCCCAUAUAUGUACAUAUCUACAUACAUACAUACAAUUCCGUGCUGAUUAUUAACUAUAAUAAUUUUUUAAUCCUUAACAAUAGUAUUUCAAUCCUUUUAACAGCAAAAAAAAAAAAAAAAAUUUUUUUUGGUUACAAAUAGGAUCAUUUUUUUUUUUUGGUCUUAUAGAUCAACAGGACAGAAGCAGCAAAUUAUUUGAUAUUGACCCCUUUUUGGCAUUCUUUCUUUCAACUAAAAGAAAGUUAAAAAAAAAAAAAGUGUGGAUAAAUUCGCAACUCAGUAUUGAACUGGAAAAGUAAAAAGAUGGUCAACUUUUCUUCAGUUCUAAUUCUGGAUCUGUGAUCUCUUAUUCCAGCUAGACCAAUCACAAAUCACAAGUAAAAACCAAACAAACUCUCCCUCCAAUCUUCAUUAUUUGUUGUCAUUUGCAUUUACAUCACACUCAAACUGCUAUCCAAAUUCAGACGCUAUCAUCACAUUCUAACUUUAAGAGAAACCAACAAGAUGAUCCAAACAUAAAUUAAAAGGUUUUUACUUAAGGAAAAAAAAAAAAAAAACUAUCCACUUGCACUUCUCUAUAUAUUUGGAGAUUGGUACGUGCAUCACAGGGAAAAAAAAAAGAGUGAUGGACCAAACGUAUCUGACUACAAUUGAGAAAUUAUUACUGGACGCUUAGUUAUCAACAACACAAAUACAAAUACAAAUACAAAUACAAAUACAAAUACAAAUACAAAUAAAAGCUGACCAAUACCCCGCUCAUACAUAUUCAAAGUCUUGACAAUUCAGGGAUUUUCCUCCUCUUCUGUUCUUUUAGCCUCAGAUUGUUAUGCAAUAUUCCUGUGGCUGCUACAAAAAACAUAACCAUCAACAAACAGGGAGAAUUGAAAGAAGCUGCUGCUGCACUGCACCCAAUAUAUUUUCUGUCUGAUAUAUAAACAAAGGUGAAAGAAUAAGUGUACGUGUAUAAGCUAUAAGAUGGGUUUCUGGGCACUGUUCGAGGUGGCUUCCAUGCCAAUUUUGCAGAUAUUUAUAAUAAGUUUGUUGGGCGCUUUCAUGGCGACUGAUUAUUGCAAACUUCUCCCAGAAGACACCCGGAGAUCCUUGAAUAAGCUUGUGUUCGUUGUGUUUACCCCUGCGCUCAUGUUUGCAAGUCUUGCCAAGACUGUCACGCUCCAAGACAUUAUUUCAUGGUGGUUUAUGCCUGUAAACAUUGGAAUUACCUUUCUAGUGGGAGGAAUUGUUGGAUGGAUCGUGGUUAAGAUACUGAGACCAAAGCCCCAUCUGGAAGGUCUCAUCAUUGCUACAUGUUCAUCUGGGAACUUGGGAAAUCUUCUCCUUAUAAUUGUCCCUGCAAUCUGUAAUGAGGAUGGAAGCCCAUUUGGGAAUCGUAAUGUUUGCAAUUCAGUUGGACUUUCAUAUGCAUCUUUCUCCAUGGCGCUUGGUGGUUUCUACAUUUGGACUAUCAGUUACCAAAUGCUAAAAAUUUCGGCUGUGAAAUUCAAAGCAUUUGAAGCAGCUGAGGCAUUCGUUUCAAAAGAAGCCAACAAGAGCUUGGAUGCCACAGCCGAAAGUCAGCUUCUGAAGGGAGAAAGUGAAGAGCAAGUUGCUAUAACACUGGCAACAAAAUCUAUUGAAGAUCCCGAGAACCAAGCAAAUGUAUCCCAAGAAAGUAGCCCAAAGCAAAAAGGGAAGGCAUCGUUCUGGGUUAAAGCGGUGGGGUUUCUUCGUCAGAUUUUAGAAGAGCUAAUGGCACCGCCAACGCUGGGUGCGAUUUUGGGAUUCUUGUUUGGAGCGACCGGUUGGCUGAGAAAUCUUAUAAUCGGUGAGGGGGCUCCACUACGGGUAAUCCAAGACUCAAUUAAACUACUAGGGGAUGCAACAAUCCCAUGCAUCACCCUCAUACUAGGAGCCAACUUGAUUCAAGGUUUACGUUCCUCCACAAUCAGACCGUUGCUUGUCGUGGGAGUGGUCGGUGUUCGAUACAUUAUACUCCCGGCUAUUGGUAUUUUGGUUGUUAAAGCAGCUGGGAACCUUGGCUUCCUACCCUCCGACCCUUUGUUCCGUUACGUGCUGAUGAUUCAGUUCACUCUGCCACCUGCUAUGAAUAUUGGUACCAUGACCCAGCUGUUUAAUGUGGGUCAAGAGGAGUGUUCGGUCCUCUUUCUAUGGUCAUACCUGGCUGCCGCUCUUGCUCUCACAACUUGGCCAACAGUCUUCAUGUGGAUCUUGACCUGAAGAGACUCCAGUGCCGGAUUUAAGAAAGCCCAAAAAUAAAAAAGCCAUCAAUUCAUAUUUCAUUUAUACAGCUGAACUUGAGAAUGAGAUUCUUUUUUUUUUUUUUUCCCUCUUUUAAUAUGGUAUUGAAAUUGAAGCGAGAGAUGAGUGAUUAGUGAAGACUGAAGACUGAAGUCGAGUGGUCUGAUGUGUAAUGGCUUGUGAAAUGACAAGUGGAGGUCAAAGGGGUUCCAUGGCGUGGAUAUAUUUACAUAUAGGUGCCAGUAAUUAACUUAAUUGUAAUAAAAAAAAUAUACAGAUCUGUUAGGACUAGGAAGCUUGUUUCUGUUCAGGGGGCUGGGGGUGGGGCAUUAUACCUCAUUUUGUAUGUAAAAUGUUAUAGUUCAUCAUAUUCAUUUCAGUGUCAUCAUAGUUGGAUUCUUUC